AUGAUAAUGAAGACUUAUCACCACUCGACCUCAGCACCCCCCUCUAGGUCAGCUAUCAAGUGUUGA